AUGUGGGGGUUGCGAAAAGGCCUGGUUGUCAUUCUAUUCUCCACGUGCGCGAGACACAUACUCCUUUAUGACUGGCAUUUUGCCUUCGAGCCCCUCUGCGUCCGGUCCUGCCCCGGCCCCGGCCCCGUCGCCGAACCCCCUUUUGCUGUCUUUACAGACAGCGAUGACGACAUUUUUGGUCCUUUUGAGGACGAAGAAGAAGAAGACAUACGGCUCGCACGCCCUGCGCCUCUGCUACCCGCUGAGGAUAAGGACAUGGCUCUGCCCUCUGGGCCUGUCGGCGCUCUGCCAUGUUUGCGGUGCCUCCACAAUGUGGAGUACCACCCCGAGCUGGCAGACUGCGCUUUUGAUAGCGCCCAGAGGUGCACCCAUUCGUGCCGCUCCUCAAUGACGUGGAACCAUGGAGAUGUCGCUAUUCUGAACCCCCAUUGGGGCACUGGGAUCGAAUCCAACCGUGCUCUCGAUCCUGCGCAUGCCACCUCCCUGAUCGACGCGUUUGCGAAGGAGGGUGUAGGCCGAUUUGAGACCAAGCACCGCAUCCUCGCAAUGUUUGAGAAAGAAGGGUCCAACGAACCCCGGGGUGCACAAUUGCAUUGCAAACGACCCCUUAGCAACCAAUUGCAAGGCCGAUGCCGGUGA